CUGUCGAGGCGUUUGGGGAGGAGGUGGGACCUCCCUCAGCAGGAGGUGCAGGUUCCUCCUCACCUGCAUGUGCUGUCUGGUCUGAGGAGUCACUCGAACUACAGUGUCAGGGUCUCCUGUGUGAACGAGGUGGGGGCGUCGCCCUUCAGCCCCUGGCUGCACUUCCUGACACCUGAGUCAGUGCCGGCGGCGGCCCCCAGGAACCUGACGUUUGAGCUGUCGGAGCAGCAGCUGGCUCUGAGCUGGGCGCCGCUGCAGGAGGAGGAGCUUCAGGGGAAGCUGUUGGCCUACAGGGUGCAGUGGACUCUGGGAGGAGAACCACAGGAGCCGCUGCUGUUUAAGGAGAGCUGGGCUCAGCUGUCAGGAGGAGCUCGUUUCUUUAACGCCUCCUUCCAGGUGUCGGCGUGCACCUCGGUGGGCUGCGGCCCCUGGAGUCCCCCGGUGCUGGUGCUGCCGGCCUCAGUGCCCGUCCAGGUUCAGCGGAGCCACAUGUGGGUCGGCCUGCUGCUCGGCCUGCUGGUCGCCACCGUGGUCGGACUGCUGCUCACCAUCAUCGCUCACCGCCGCGGCAAAGAGACGCAGUUUGGUUCGGCGUUUAAGCCUCCGGGUCCGGAGAGCUCCGUCUCGUUCACGGCGGCUCGAUCCUUCAACAGGAACUGUGCCGAGCUGCAGGAGUCCACACUGGACAGUCUGGGUAUAAACGACGACCUGAAGAACAAACUGCAGGACGUCCUGAUCCCGGAGAGGCUGCUGACUCUGGGUCACAUGCUGGGGAAAGGUGAGUUUGGCUCGGUGCGUGAGGCGUUCCUAAAGACGGAGGACUCGUCUGUCCAGAAGGUGGCGGUCAAAGUGCUGAAAUCUGACAUCACCUCGUCAGGUGACAUCGAGCAGUGUUUGAAGGAGGCGGCCUACAUGAAGGACUUCCACCAUCCCAACGUCAUCCAGCUUAUUGGAGUGAGUCUCCACCGGCGUCCCGGGCAGCGCCUGCCGAUCCCGAUGGUGGUUCUGCCGUUCAUGAAGCACGGAGAUCUGCACACGUUCCUGCUGCUGUCGCGCCUCGGAGAACAUCCGUUUGAGCUGUCCCUGCAGACUCUGCUGCAGUUCAUGUUGGACAUCAGUCGGGGGAUGGAGUAUCUGAGCAGCAGGAGCAUCAUCCACAGAGACCUCGCCGCCCGAAACUGCAUGUGAGUCCCUCCGCCAAUCAGUUCACGCAAAUACCACAGAUGCCCCGCCCCCUCAGUACUGACAGCUCCAACUGAUCGAAACAUAUUUUGCUUCUUUUAAUCCUGAAUUUAACCCCUUACUGACCGCUGUAAUAUCUUACACACACACACACACACACACACACACACACUCAGACCGCUCUGUACACA